GAGCUUCGCAACCAGUGAGACCUUCAAGCCCAACCCUGCACGACAUCCCAUCCGGACGAAAACAAACCUGUGGACUCGACUCGCUGUUAGAGUGUCUAUCCAAAGAUGCGUGGGAAAACUAUUACCAAAGUCUGUCUGCUGUUCGUUUUUGCAUAUAUGGUUUCUGCUGAGGACUGCUCUCAGCCCUGUGACUGCCCGGCCGAACCUCCAGUGUGUUACCUCGGUACCAGCCUGGUUCUGGACGGCUGUGGCUGCUGUAAGGUGUGUGCCCGCCAGGGAGGGGAACCCUGCUCACUCCUGGACCCCUGUGACCACCACAAAGAACUCUACUGCAACUACAACCUCCUGAGUGACUCCGAAACUGGCAUCUGCAUGGCUCAGGAGGGCCAGACGUGUGACCUGGGCGGUGUGAUAUACCGCAGUGGCGAGACCUUCCAGCCCAGCUGCAAGCACCACUGUGUGUGCAUGAACGGCGAGAUCGGCUGCGUGCCCACCUGCGCCAGCGACGUGCGGCUGCCCUCGCCCGACUGCCCCUACCCCCGACGCAUCCAGAUCCCCGGGCAGUGCUGUGAGGAGUGGGUCUGCGACGAGACGCCCCAGGAGGAGACCUUCGAGUCCGCCAUGGCAGUCUUCAGAGAGGUGUCUGCCCAGGGGCCCAAGCCAGAGAGUCCGCGGGACAACUGCCUCGUCCAGACCACGGAGUGGAGCGAGUGCUCCGCCACCUGCGGCAUGGGCGUGUCCUCGCGCGUCACCAACGACAACGAGCGAUGCCACCUGGAGAGGCAGACCCGCGUGUGCAUGAUCCGCCCGUGCCACACCGACCAGGAGAAGGGCAUCAAGAAGGGGAAGAAGUGUAUCCGGACCCCGCGGAGCGCCCGUGGCAUGCGCUUCGAGCUGUCGGGUUGCCGUAGCGUGCGCGCGUACCGGCCCAAGUUCUGUGGCACCUGCACGGACGGCCGCUGCUGCGUGCCCCAAACCACCGCCACGGCCGAGGUGGAGUUCCGCUGCCCCGAGGGAGACAGCUUCCACCGCAACAUGAUGUUCAUCAAGACCUGCACGUGCCACCACGACUGCCCGCGCGAGAACGACAUCUUCCUGUCAACACACACCAGACACAUGACCGGCGACUAUGAGAAUGACAUGUGAGGUGGCGGGGUGGGAAUCGCUGCCAUUUUACACAACAUUGCUGAUAUGCGCACACACACACACACACACAGACACACACACACAGAGUCAGGUUUGUCUGUAACACACAUACACACACUACAUUGGCAGCUCUUCAGCUCUUCUGGAACUCCACCUUCCUUGAUCCCACCCAGUAUAGGAGUAUAGGACAAAAAACUCUACGUGUUAGUGUGAGAAAAUGAAAACGUGUGAAGUAUUAGCUUGUGGACAAUUAGCUUGUGGACAAAGCUUGUGGUUAUUAUUAUUAUUAUUUUUGUUGCAUUUUGCGUUGUUAUUAAUGUGCAGCUCUUAGGUCGCCUGAACCGAUGGUGUUCAGUCGACCUUUCGCACUGAGGGGAGUGGACACAAUGUGUAUGUGUGUGUGUGUGUGUGUGUGUGUGUGGGUGUGGGUGUGGGUGUGUGUUUGUGUUUCCUGAUAACCAUUUCACAGUAUUAAAACACAGGUUCUUGGAACUUAGGAACUGACAAAAAAUCUGACAAAAAUGCUUUAAGCAAAUGGCUACCUAUUCUUCCCAGUUAUUAGUAUUAUUAUUUAAUUCUUUAUUAUUAUAUGGUUUUUCCACCUCUGUUAUUUAGGAGUGUCUUCAGUCUCUGAGGAUUGAUUUCUGAUGACCACAGAUCCAGUUCAUCUCAAACUUGUUCACGGGGUCUCAUGAAUUUAAGACAUUUAAGUGUUAUUGUAUUUUAGGGGCCUGAUGUGACUGUGUCAGAAAUGUAAUCUUGACCUAUGACCCUUCGUAACGGCCUCUGCAACGGGGUACAAAAGUACCUACUAAGACCCCCAAAUUCCAUUUGGAGGAUGAUAACCCCAGUACGAUUUACGAUAACGUAGCUCGGAUGAACAAAAUUAAGUGUAGCAUUUAUUUAAAAAGAGUGAACGAAUUCGACAAUACAAUUUGAAUUUUGUGUAAAUACUGUAAGAAGACUGUGUACAGUUUUGUACUAAUUUAUGUAUCUGUUUAACAUGCUCCUGUAGUUGGAUGUAUCUGUACUGUAUUGUUCUGUGUUUCACUGUAACCGCCUGGCAAAGAUACAAGUGAGAUCCUGUCCGUUGCACUUUUUGUUUUCCAAUAAAGAAAAUAUAUUUUUAUACAUA